GUUGUCCUGGGCGGGAAUCGAACCCACUACCUCCGGUAUAGCAGUCAGGGUCGCUAACCACUAGACCAAUAGGCCCGUCAUACACUGACUGGGAGUUGGUGAUUACAGAUACUUACAUUUGUCACUGGUGUCGUAGUAUGAUUAAUAAUGUACAUAUAACGUUGAAAAAGUCAAUAAUACUUUGCAUUGAGAUCAAACAUGUACUUUAUACAUUUUAUUCAUCACAAGUUACUUAGUACUCAAUAUUUAUUGCUGUAUUAAGUAUUGAGAUCACCAUGUUAUAGUACUGUCUUGAAGCCCGGUAAAAACUCAUAAUUAUACAGAAGGACCUUUUCUGUUUAGUUAGGCGGGGGAAUCCUCACGGACACCCACCUCCUCGGGGGAUGAACCGCCGUACAGCGUCCCCGUAUUUAGUAGGUGCGCGGGCAUGCAUAGCAUUUCAACACGCACCGACUGCGGCGACUUCCUUCGUCUCGGAGGCCGACGUGUAGAGAGCGUCGGCCUCUCCACCUGGUACUAUAUAUACAGAAGGACCUACCUCUUUUCUUAAACAAAUUUGUUAAAUAAGAUACUGUAUCUGUUAAAUACUAUUAAAGACAUAAAAUAAUGUUUUGAUCAUGCAAUCUCUAUAAUACCGGCCAUAUUUUAAUUACCACGCAAUUUCUAAAGCCUACCUCUUAGUUAAAAAAAAGUUCAAAAAUGAGUACUAUUAAUGAUUUGUACAUGUUUAUUCCAUUUCAAAGAAGGAUGUUAAUCUAAUGUACCAAUCGCUUGUAAAUAUUAAAUAAAAUAAAACGUAAUCAAUCAUAAAAAUAAAGGAAUGUAAUUAAGUGUCUUUAUUUGUGUUAUUUCCAGUGUUUAGUACCUAGGUAUUUGCCUUUAAACUCUGUCCAUCCUAAGAUCCUUUCUAGAGAAAGACGUUCGUAAUUCCAUUGAAAUUGAUAUACGUCUUUAGCCUGGAAUUCUUCUUUGAAUAAAAAAUCGAAAGGUUUACCAGAACAGAUAGUCAAUCAACGGCCUUUUCGUCUAUUACAGACUGAAUAAGCCGAUGCGAGAGCGACAUAUCUUACCGCAGGCUUGAUAAGAUAAUUGGACAUUAGUUUCGAACCAUGUUCAUGCUUUUCUGUCUCUUGUCAGCAAGCAGUCCAAACCAAGCUUCAUCGCAGAACAGAUAGGGUAUAGUAUAGCCUUCCUCGUUCAACUUUGACUCGGACUUGCGACACAGGAUUCCGGACAACUAGGCUGCAAUCCAUUAUACUGGGGCCUACUAUAGGGAAAUGCCAUUAAUUAUUGCGAUUAUGGACGUUAGCCGUAAGUGUAACCAGUACCCAACGCAUCAACAUUAACGUUUAUCGUUAGGCGAUAGCUCAAGUGGCGGCACAUCAAACGCAAUAAUUAUUGCGUUAAUAAUGGACAUUCACGUUUACGACUAGUGUGGCCCCAGUAUUAGGGCAACAAGUGAAUUUGUGGAUACCCACCAAUAAAUUUAUGGACGAUACGUCAAUAAUUAAUCGAUCGAGCUCGAUAGAUAGCAGGACAAAUACCUGUAUCAUCAGAAUCUGUGAAAAUUUUAACUGUCUAACCGUCUAUCUUUGUUCAUGAGAUAGGGCCUGAAGCUGACUGACAGCGGAGAUUCAGUGAGGUCCUUCCCGCACCCGCCGAUCUUUUUCAAACUCAUUGUUCUCUAGCUUUUAUAGGUUUAACAGUAAACUACGCACUAAAACAAAUGUUGAUAAAAUAUAAUUGCUAUUUAUUUAACGAACUCGCUAACAAUCAAUUACAUUGCAAUAGUGUGAGCACACCUUUCUCCACACAUUACUGACUUAACCGCUGCAUGAAGUAAAUCGAAAUGCUCUGGCAAUCACUUAUAAUAUUGUCAGCUAUUUAUUCGUGUAGCUGUGAUGUGAAAAACCAAGAUGAGGUACCGGAGAAAAAUAGAAUGAUGGGCAUUGAUGCUGUUCACGAUAAUAGUAAUAAGCCGAUUGAUAAAGACACGAUAAUAACUCGAAAUUUAAAACUGGAGAAACGAGGUCGUGGUUCAAAAUCGACUCCAAAUAAAGUUGAGGAAGAAAAAGAACCUGAUUGGUCGUACAAACCUUUUCCAAAGGAAGUCGCUGACCAUGUCGACCAGUUUAAAAGAAACAUGACUGAAUGUCUAAGAGAAGUUCAAGCCAAUGACAAAAGACCGAUCAAACGUCUUUCUCCGAAAACCGAAUCACCAGUUCAUGGAGAAUGUCUCAUUGCUUGUGUUUUGAAACGCAACGGUGUUAUAGAAAACAUGAAAAUUAAUAAAGAUAACUUACUAUCACUUGUGAGCAAAUUCUAUUCCAAGGAUACCAAGCUCAUGAAAAAGUUAGAGAAAAAUUUGGAUCGUUGUGUUGAAAUAAGUGUUCGUAAUCAAGAUGAAUGUCAAUUAGCGUCGCAGCUUAAUGACUGCACCAACGACCUUAUGGCCAGCAAUAAACAUAAAAUUAUGGUAAACUAUUAAUAAACUUGGUGUGUAUUAAAUCUAUACGGAAUGAUUAAA